AUGAAAUCAGCCACAAGAAAGCUUCAGAGUGAUAUAAAUCAGCCAAUGCAGAAGCACAUUAAUCGAAAGAUAUUGGAAGAUUGUUCUUUAUUUGAAACACAGAGAAAAACAAUUUUGGCAUGGUGUAAAUAUGACCGCAAAAUAAUAAAUUCAUCGCGACUUCUUUUACGAAUCACAACUUCUUCAUACCAUUCAUUCAAUCACGAUCACAUCCCUGUUUUUUUAGCGAUCAAAUCAGCUAUUCUGAUCCAAAAAUGGUAUCGUCGUUGUCAGGCUCGGUUAGAGGCGCGUCGGCGUGCCACAUGGACGAUAUUCACAACAUUGGAAUAUGCUGGAGAGCAGGAUCAGUUGAAGGUAAGUGAUGUAUGGAAGAACGUUGAAACAACUCUCCUAUAG